AGCCUCAUGGGGAUGAGAACCCCCUGAUGCCUGACGCGGGGCGCCGACACCUCACGUUGGGCGAUGCUCUCUGCUCUCGAGGGCAGAUGGCUGAUGGAAGACGGUGAAGGCAAUACCACCUUCGCUGUGAUCUCAGCCACCGGGGAUGUGAGCUUUGUAGAAGAUCCGGAAGCCACCAUGCGGAUUCAGACAGGUGAGUCGACCGACGCGCCGUUUGUCAUGGUCUCCAACGAGGGUGAGGAGCUAUGUCAAGGGAAGCUGGUGGAGACAGCGGAUGGACCGACCUUAGAGUUGGAAGGUCAAGAAGGAACAGAGACUUGGCGCAAGAUCAAGCCUGAAGCCCCCAAAGUGGUCUCCAGAAAGAAAGGUGGCUUGCCAAGGAUCUUUACCAAAGAAGGCCAACAGGGAUCUAACCAGCCGGAGCAGCCAGAGCAGCCGCCGCCAGAGUAGCUUGGCUUGGAGGUGGCAUUUGCUGAGCGUGGGAAUGGGCGAGCCAACGCACUCCCAGGUCAUGUAUUGUGAUUUCUGUUUUCUUGUUAUAUAUCCAUAGAUGAAUUCCGCUCCAUAGAUUCCAUGCGUAGAUAAAGCUCUUGCUUUGGAAGAGCAGCAAACUGCUCCGUGGCUGGCUGCUGUUUCACCCAUCGAGGUUCACACCGGUAGCGCCUUUGAGAGGUCAGAGUAGUAACGAGAGAAGUCUGAAAUUGCUCCGCAUAUGCUGAGCAAGCAGCUUUUGGUUUUCCUGG